AUGGUGUUAAUUUAUGACCACCUAAAAGCCAAUCAAAUUGCCCGUCCUCAGCCUUCUAUCUCUGAGUCUGAGGAGGAAGGGUCGGAUUCUGUUUUUUCAAUGGGUGAGGAGUUUGAAAGUGAUUCAAUGAGUGAAUCAGAGGAGAUUCUAGAUGACUCUGAAGGUGAAACUGGUAAGAAAAGAAAACAAGUGAGUACCAGGCCCUCCUCCUCGAAGGGUAAGAAAAAAUCUAAAGAAAAGGUUUUCCAGAUCCGCUCCUCGUCCUCCUCGGAGGUCUCUGAGGAUUCUGAGAAGGAUGAACCCCAGUCUCCUCGAAAAAAGAAAACUAAAACUUCUAAUCAGACAAGGAACAAACAAAAGAGGCGAGAAGAUAAUGUUUUGGAGCUGGAGGAACAAGUGCAGAGAAAGGAUCCUGAAGUCGACCAGAAAUUGGAGGAGGAGACCACAAGGGAAGGUUUUGAUUAG